UGCAGCCACUGGGAGUUGAGGAUGCUGCUUCAGUUCCUGCUGCUGCCCGUGCUGGGGGCAGGGUCUCUGAAGAAGGCUCCUGAUUACCACGUUCAAGUUAAGGAGGUGGUGAGGGUGCAGGAGGACCUGUGUGUCUUUAUCCCCUGCACCUUCUCCUACCCCCAGGAUCGCUGGAUGGGGUCUACCCCAACUGACGGCUACUGGUUCAAAGAAGGGACCAACCAUAACGCUGAUGCUCUAGUGGCCACAAGCAAACCAAAUCAAGAGGUGCAAAGGAGGGCGCGUGGCCGAUUCGAGUUCCAUGGGAGGCCCCAGAACAAGGACUGCUCCCUGGUGAUCAGAAACAUCCGGAAGGAAGACACAGGAUCAUACUUCUUUCGGGUGGAGAGAGGGAGUUACAUAUGUUAUAACUUUAGGCAUGCAUUCUCUCUGGAAGUGACAGGGGCUGCUGUCUCCUCCCGAAGAACCGGGCCCCACCCAUUCCCUGUCUCCACGCUCAACCUCGUGCUGAGACCCCAGGACCGUGACACCGACCUCACCUGCCAGGUGUCCUUCUCCACAGGGGGUGUGAGCACACAGACCAUUGGUCUCAACGUGGCCUAUGCCCCCAGAGACCUGGAUGUCAGCAUUUCUUGGGACAAUGGGACAGCCCUGAAGCCCCAGGACACCCUUCCACAUCUGCAAGCCCAGAAAGGCCAGUUCCUGCAGCUCCUCUGUGCUGCUGACAGCCAGCCCCCCGCCACCCUGCGCUGGAUCCUAAGGCACAGAGUCCUGUCUUCGUCCCAUCCCUGCGGCCCUAAAACCCUGAGGCUGGAGCUGCCCAGGGUGAAAGCUGGGGAUUCAGGGCGCUACACCUGCCUGGCAGAGAACAGGCUGGGUUCCCAGCACCGCAGCCUGGAGCUCUCUGUGCAGUAUCCUCCAGAGAACCUGACAGUGAUGGUUUCCCAAGCAAACAGGACAGUCCUGGAAAUCCUCAGGAAUGACACGUCCCUCCCAGUCCUGGAGGGCCAGAGCCUGCGCCUGGUCUGUGUCUCCCUCAGCAACCCCCCAGCCAGGCUGAACUGGGCCUGGGGGAGUCGGAUCCUGAGCCCACCCCAGCUCUCAGACCCGGGGGUCCUGGAGUUGCCUCGGGUACAAAUGGAGCACGAAGGAGAAUUCACCUGCCACGCUCAGCACCCUCUGGGCUCCCAGAGCAUCUCUCUGAGCCUCUCUGUGCACUACCCCCCACAGCUGCUGGGCCCCUCCUGCUCCUGGGAGGCCCAGGAGCUGCGCUGCAGCUGCUGCUCCCGUGCCCAGCCAGCCCCCUCUCUGUACUGGCGGCUCGGGGAGGGUCUUCAAGAAGGGACCAGCAGCCAGGACUAUUUCACGGCCACCAACAGCUCAGAGGGGCCUUGGGCCAACAGCUCCCUGAGCCUCCAUGGGGGGCUCAACUCGAGCCUCAGGCUCAGCUGCGAGGCCCGGAAUGUCUAUGGGGCCCAGAGUGGCACCGUCCUGCUGCUGCCAGGGAAGCCAGAGCCCAGGGCAGGACUUGCUCUGGGGGCCGUGGUGGGGGCCAGUGUCGCUGUCCUGCUGUUUCUCUGCUCCUGCUUUGCCUUUCUCAGGGUGAAGACCUGCAGAAAGGAUACGCCCUCCACCCUGGGUCCCGCUUCCCUGGGUGACCGGCAUGAGUGCCCCCUAGCCCCUGCUGCCACCACCCCCACCUCCGGGGAGGAGAAGGAGCUCCAUUACGCCUCCUUCAGCUUCCACGAGCUGAGGCACCGGGAGUGUCAGGACCAGGAGGCCACCAGCUCCACCGAGUACUCAGAGAUCAAGAUCCCCAAGUGAUGACCUUGCUGCAGGGCCCGGGGCUUCUCUGGCGAUAUCAGCGAUGGUUCCUGCAUUACAGUCCCCGUGUGAACAGGAUACCAACUAGCUUAUAGGAGUCCCACUUUCUACUUCUUGAUGAGCAGCCUGGCCUCGAAUUUCAGCCCCACCCCCAGAUGAGAACUUGAGCUUGGUGGUAUUUGGUGGUACCUUUCGGGGGACCACCUCUGUAGUUUGUCACUGGAGCAGUUUCCUUAAAUGUGUAGCACAUCAGAAACCUGUUGUUCACCAUCGGUGUUCUCUCUUCCCUUCCUUUGGGAGAGUAAGAGGGGGAGGACAGGGUCUGAGUGGUUCCCAUUUUAACAUUAAAAAAAAAA